CCCCCACAGGGACGACGGAGUCGGCCUCCUCGCCCACCGCCACCGACUUCACUGCCACCGCCGUCUCCAGAAACGGGACAGAGACAACCUUCUCCUCUGGCACUGUUCACACCUCCCCGGGAACCGCUCCCGAACUUACCACCCACAGCACCGCUCUGUCAACAUCAAGCCAACACACAUCAGAACCCACAACGGCAACCACCAGCACUGUGUCGGUGCUUGUCCUCCUGACUUUCCGCAUAACGAACAGAAAUUACAGUUCUGAUUUGUCGCAUCGGAACAGCACAGAAUUCAAAGAUCUAAAUAAUUUAAUUGGGGAUGUGUAUAACUCAAUAUAUAACUGUUCCACCUGCCGGCUGCGCACCGUCUAUCUUGGCUAUACCGUGAUUGCAUUCAGGCCAGGAUCCGUGGUGGUGGACUCAGAAAUAAAUUUCCGGAAUAACAAUGAGACUUCCAAGCCCAAUUUUGUGCAAGAAGUAGAAGAACCGAUGAAAAAUGCCUCAAACAACGCAACCCACGGCUUGAAUUUGACUGAUAUUGCAGGGCAUUCUACCGUUGUGCCUCCCUCCACCACCGCCUCCACCGGGACAACGCAGACCACGGCCUCGCCCACCGUCACCAACUCCACCGCCUCCAGAAACACGAUGGAGACAACCACCUCGCCCACCGUCACCAGCUCAACCACCUCCACCGUCUCCGGAACCACGAUGGAGACGACCACCUCUUCUGGAACCACCCACAGCACCACUCUGUCAACAUCAAGCCAACACACAUCAGAACCCACAACGGCAACCACCAGCACUGUGUCGGUGCUUGUCCUCCUGACUUUCCGCAUAACGAACAGAAAUUACAGUUCGGCUCUGUCGGAUCGGAACAGCCAACAAUUCAAAAAUUUGGAUAAUUCAAUUGGGCAAGUGUAUAACUCAAUAUAUAACUGUUCCACGUGCCCUCUGCGCACCGUCUAUCUUGGCUAUUACGUGACUGCAUUCAGGCCAGGAUCCGUGGUGGUGGACUCAGAAAUAAAUUUCCGGAAUAACAGUGAGACGUCCAAGCCCGAAUUUGCGCAAAAAGUAGGAGAAACAAUUAAGAAUGCCACGGGCGGUGACCUCCAUGGCUUGACGCUAACUGAUGUUGCAGCCACGGAUUCAACCCCUCCUACGUCUUCCUCACCUACCGUCCCCGGCUGGGGCAUCGCUCUGCUUGUUCUGGUCUGCUUCCUUGUGCUGCUAGCCCUCAUCGCCUUCCUGCUGCUGAUCAUUUACUGGUGUCGGCGGCACCAGCGCGGCAGCCUGGACCUGCUAAGCAGCCGAGACUCUUACCACCCCAUGAGCGACUACCCAACAUACCAAACCCAUGGGCGAUACGCUGCCCCGAACAGCAAGCCGAACCCUUACAAUGAGACAUUACCGAGGAACGGGGCCAGGGGCUUCUCUUACACCAACCCGGCGAUGGCCAAUGACAACUUGUAGGGGGCGAGACACGCAUUCUACAACUGGACGUGGGGUGGGGGUUAGGGUUAGGCGGGACAACCAGGCUGGGCCAGGGAUAUCCCAAGACGCCUGAACGAGAGAUAUCUGUGAAAAUGUAGGCUUCCUCCAGAUGUGAGAAAAGUCACACACCGCCUCCUUGAACUGAAUCCACUGCGUUAAUAAUGAGAAUUUGUCAUCAUCUGAGAACAGCGGAGCUGGAAGAGAGCCGACCGAUCAUCGAGUCCAGACCCUAUCAAAGACGCGCCGGGGGGAUUCAAACUCAUUACUUCUGGCGCUGCAGUGGCACAGAAAUGGUGGCCCUUGGAAGAGUUUAAUGUAUAGACUCCCAGAGGAGGUAGAACUUCAUUUUCUAUCAGCGCCCAUCCGGCCCAAGGCGAUGGGGACUAGCAGCUUGACUACUAGGCUAAGCAGGGUCUCUCGAUAGCAGAAUAUAUUAAUGUCACAAACUGCAGCACAGGAAAGAUUAACCAGGAGGAAAUGCAAAAUAUUUCUAGCUGAUAUUUAACGUCCAAGUUCCCAUCACCAGAAGGAGGAAAAAAGGACUUCCCCCCCUCCAAAAAAACACACAUUUUUAUAUACGUAUUAAUAUGUUUUCUUCCAAAUAUUAUUUUUCCCUCUCUCCUUCUUUUUUUUGCCAAUACCGCUAUCAAAUAUUACUGAAACUGCCUUUUGUGUGGGGUUCGGGAAGCAUCCAGGCUACGUGGCUGAGGGUCUUUCCUGGGGUGUGCGAGGGGGAGGGGGUCCUGUCCGCUCCGGGUUUUAGUCGGAACUUGACACAAGCUUUCCCAAGGUGCUGGACUUAAUUUUGUUUUUGUUUUUUGUUGUGGGCGAGGGAAUACGGUAUGAUGUCUUGGGGAGAGAGAGUCUGUAAAUUUUGAACUGAAACACGGACCGGAUUCAGCCCGACCACCCACCCCCCUGGUCAGCCGUCCCGCCAUGCAAUCGUGGUCUGAAGAGGGCGAGAGUGC